CAGACCAACGAAAAGCGCAAUCGGUGCAGAAAGUGAGUGAAGUGAAAGGAUAACAGACUCCAUAAAUUGCAUAAGGAUUAUCAAAAAAGAAAACAACAGCGAUUAUUACCCAGUUGGAUUAUUAAACUUGACAUAAAAAAGAUCUCCAGAAUGAGAAUAAGAGCUAGCCUGUUGGCAGUCGUGCUGCUGGCCACCGCCUCCCUGGCCGAGGAGUCCAGCUGGGGCAAUGAGUGGGCGCCCAUGGAGAGUGCCAUGCCCAGUCGCCGAUCUGUGGAUACCAAGCCCGCCGACCAAGCUGACAUUCAGGGACGCUACCUGGUGCACGAACCCAUCCAGAGCAACAGCACCACCACCCAGAUCGAUGAGGUUAUUGAUCAGCUGAUCAACUCCCGCCGGGAGGGUCGCAAUCUCGGGGAGUACGAUGCCGUCUAUGCCGAUGGAAAUAUCGACCAGGCUCUGCAGCAGGGAAACGAUAUGCAGGCCCGCAAUCUUAUCCGUGACAAGCUGUGCGGUCUGGGACUGAUGAGCUGUGAUGUGGAGGAGAAGCGUCCCUUCUACUCGACGAUCUACGCCCAAGGUCCUCCGCCACCGUCUGGUUUCAGUGGUGGUCCCUAUGGUCCCGCCAAGCCCAUGCCACCACCAAGUUACUUCAACGGCCGUCCGCCAAUGGGAUCUUACGGACCUCCGCCCAGCUCCCUGAACUCCUUUGGACCUCCGCCCAGCUCGGUGAACUCGUUUGGACCUCCCCGCAAGGUUGGCUACGAGGGACCCUACAAGCCAAUGUCUGGACCCUAUAGGCCAACUGGUCCUGGUGGCUACCUGGAACACCCGCCACCAUCCGCUAUUGAUGGCUCUUCCGAUGGCAUCACCUAUACGAAGCCACCACCCGGUGCUCUGAUCUACGACAGCAAGCCACCAGGACCCAUCUACACCGGAGGCCCUUCUCUGGGUGCCGGACCCGUGUUCACUGGUGCCUCGAACGGAGUUCCCCCGUACAACUUUGAGAAUCCCGAGGGAGGUAUCCAGGGAGCCAGCUCUGCUCCCAAUGGCUUCUACUCGCAGCAGUCUUCGGCUUCCUCCUCGUCGGCCACUUCCUCCAGCACGAAAGUGGUGGUGGGAGCACCCAUCGAUGCCCUGCAGCAGCAUGUGCACCAUCACUACCACCACGUGGAGGGUGGCGAGGGAGCCAAGGUGCCCAGUGUGCCCAUUCCCAUUGGAGCCGGCCAGACCAUCAACACGGACUUCAGUGCCCUGGCCCAGUCGUCGGCCACCUACACACCCUCGGUUCAGUCUUCCUCCGGAUCCAGCUACUCCCAGUCGAAUGCCUUCAAUGCUGGCUUCAAUGGCGCCUCUCAGGGUGGACUCCUUUCGCAGAGCGGCUUUGGCCUGAACCAGAAACCCACUGGAGAUCUGUACAAGCCCAACUCCGGCUUGGGAAGUUUUGGCCAAAGCGCCUCUGGAGGAUUCAGUGGUUCGCCCAGCUCCAGCUAUCACAGCCAGAAUCCCGAUUACUACAAGAAGGAGCUGCACGGUGGAGCUUCCAACCAGUACAAUGGCAUCUCGGGUGGCUACCAGGGACAGGGACAGGGACUAGGACAAGGACAGUACCAGAGCGGAUAUGACACCUCCCGCCAGCAGAUUGUGGACUGCCAGUGUGUGCCCAUCUCCCAGUGCCCGGCAGCCGAUCGCAUUGGUCGCAAGGAGGACCUCAUUCUGCCCAUCGAUCCCCGCAACCUGGGCAAGGACAUUGAGGCUCUGAGUGACGAUCCUCUGGCCACCAAUGCCACCACUCCUGCCGAGGGAAAGAAGGCUGAGGAGAAGUCGGACAAGGAUGACAAGAAGCGCACGCGUCGCCAGGCUGAUGGUGACCAGAAGGAUGAGGAAGCCAGCGAUCUCUCGCUCGAUGCUCAAGGGAGACAGUCGCCGCUCGGAGGAUCUCCACUGGCAUUGCCCGCCCUCCAGGCCAUCGAGCUGAUCCAGCGGAAGGUGCUGCCCACCUAUGGGGUGAGCUUUGGUCUGCCCUAUCCCACUGGGGGAUAUGGUGGCUAUCCCUCGAACAUCCUGGGCGAUCAUGUGCCCGCUCAGAAUCCCUACUUCGGUUCAGUGGGUCCGAAUGGCCUGAAUCUCGGCCUGGUGAAUGUGAAUCCUCUGGUCUCGGUGCAGGUGGCCAAAACGGAAUAUGGCGAGAAGGUGGUGAAGCCACUGGUCAAUCUGCAUGUCACCCCAAAUGCCAAUCUCAUCCAGAAAGUGGGGGAUUUCUUCAAGCGGAAACCCACUGAAGCGUAUAGCACUCACUAUCACCAUCACGAUCACUACAGUGGCUAUGAGCAUUACGAUCAUCACGAUUAUGAUCACCAUGGUCACCACGACCACCACUCGCAUCCCCACUACUUUGGAGGAUCUGGACCUGGUCCCCACUUCAGUGUGGAAAUGGUGCCAAGUACUCCGAUCUUUGAGUACCACAGUGGCCCGUCUGCACCUGCCCAGUAUCAUCACCACCACGAAUCGACUCCCUAUGAGAGCUCCUUCAGCUCCAUCUAUCCUGGCUCCAGUCACGAUUUUGGUGGCUUUGGCGAAUACUCGCAGCAUGUGGAACGAAGUGCCAACGUGAGCAGUGGUGAAACGUCCUCGUUUUCAUCAAAUUCCGGGCGUCGUGGCAAGCAGUUGACCCUCGGACCUCUCUACAACAUUCCCACUCCGGCUCCAGGUGGAUCAGCCGGCAGUGAUCAGAUCACUUUUCCCAGGGAUCGCAGGCGUCGCAGCGUUGAGGAUGGUGUGUGGGCGGGAGCAGCUCCUGAGGAGCAGCGCGCUUACUAUGGCAACCGACCCGUGGAGAAGACCUGCCGCAUCAACGAGGUCUGCUGCCGUCGUCCCCUUCGCCCCCAGGCUCCUCCCCAGCAGUUCGGCCGUUGUGGAGUGAGGAACGCCGCCGGAAUCACCGGUCGCAUCAAGAACCCCGUGUACGUGGACGGCGACAGUGAGUUCGGCGAGUAUCCCUGGCAUGUGGCCAUCCUGAAGAAGGACCCCAAGGAGUCGAUCUACGCCUGCGGUGGCACCCUCAUCGAUGCCCAGCACAUCAUCUCCGCUGCCCAUUGCAUUAAAUCUCAAAAUGGCUUCGAUCUUCGUGUGCGUCUGGGCGAAUGGGAUGUGAACCACGAUGUGGAGUUCUUCCCCUACAUUGAACGCGAUGUGGUCUCCGUGCACAUCCAUCCCGAGUACUAUGCCGGCACCCUGGACAACGAUCUGGCCGUCCUGAAACUGGAUCAGCCCGUUGACUUCACCAAGAAUCCCCACAUCAGUCCCGCCUGUCUGCCCGACAAGUAUUCCGACUUCACCGGAGCCCGCUGCUGGACCACCGGAUGGGGCAAGGAUGCCUUUGGCGAGCACGGAAAGUACCAGAACAUCCUGAAGGAGGUGGAUGUGCCCAUUCUGUCGCACCAGCAGUGCGAGUCGCAGCUGAGGAACACCCGUCUGGGCUACAACUACAAGCUGAAUCCCGGAUUUGUGUGCGCCGGCGGAGAGGAGGGCAAGGAUGCCUGCAAGGGCGAUGGCGGUGGUCCUUUGGUUUGCGACCGUAAUGGCGCCAUGCACGUCGUGGGUGUCGUCUCCUGGGGCAUUGGAUGCGGCCAGGUGAAUGUUCCCGGAGUCUACGUGAAGGUCUCUGCCUAUCUGCCCUGGAUCCAACAGAUCACCCAGAGCUAUCAAUGAUUAACGGAGCAGCAUGAUGAAAAGGAGAAGGAGCAGGUGACCGCCUACCAUGCGAAUGCAUCGUCAUCACUACCAGAUGAUGACACCACCUCCUCCGACGAAUUCGUUUUCCACUACUGACCGAAGCCAUCACUCUACAAACUUUUGCAAACUCUCGAAUCGUCUCAAUUGUCGCAUUCGUCAUCGUAUUUAUCAGCGCCGUCACUCCUAUUUAUUACGAAUGUCUCUUCGAUUACCUGUCAUGUUUUGUUAUAUACUAUAUUAUGCGCCCACGGGCGCAUUCACUUCGCUUCGCUUCACUUGUUGACCCACUCAUUAGCGGCCCACAAUUGUUACUUAAUUGAAGACGCACAGCCGUCGCGCACCACUUGUUGAUAUUAAUUGUAACUUGUAUCUUGUAUCCUGUACAUCUGAGUUCCGAUUUUGUCCUGUAAAAUAGU